ACAUGUUUGAGAGAGAAGCUCACCAACGGUUGACUGAGUGAUUGAGCACUAACUGCUCCAACUUGGGACAAAUUGAGGACUUGGAUAGCUUGGUGGGCGGACGGAAUGGCAGGCGCGUUGAACGUGCGUCCGUCAACAACACAGAGAAACGAGACGACAGGCGGGAGUGGACACGCGGCGAACGCAGCCUGGGCCGUCCUGCAAAGCUGUCGUGCGCUGGGUUCUUCCUUGAAGAGUUGGGAUGAGGUUAAACGACCAGAUGAAGGGGGAAAACAAAACGACCUUGCCUGUCGAGUCGAGGGAACUGGACACAGGAGUUCUUUUUCACGUCGUCGAGGAUGUCAGUCGUUUACCGGCGUCGACGUCCCCGCUUGGGGCUGGACGACAUUUGCGACAGGCCGGUUGGCGGUUAGCGACUGUAAUAGGCCCAAAUGGCACUGCCUUAUGCGAGAGGCCUACAGCCUGCUUCAUGCCGUGCUUCUAUUCCCAUUCCCACAGCACGGGGCUGCCAAUGGUGUCGUAUCUGGUCCAUCUUGACUGGGUUGAGAUUUGUGAUGGAGGAUUUGGCAAAUGUAGGAGGCCCUUUGGGACGUGCAAGGGUGCGUGUAGUCGUCGUCUCUUUUUCCAUGAGUGUCCCUUCUACGUUUCUGAAUGGAGCGAGAAAUGCGACAACGAGAUCGGAGGUGGAACUGGAGCCGUUCCUGCCUGCCGUUUUCAACAGCAUCCACCUCCAAGCUCCAACACUGCCGCUGUCUCUUCCAUCGCAGGAGGCAAUUGCAUCCGAGUGUUCUCCACAAACAAUAAAAUUGCGACGGGACACUGCGUCUUGAUGGCAUGCCGUCACCCGGAUCCAAUGUAACGUGAAAGGAGACUUCGACUCUGUUGUUUGCCCUUCAUUUUUCACUACUUUGUGCGCGGGCAAACGCGGGCUCUGUCACCGCUGACAAUUGCCUCCGGGGAACGAGCAGAAAGGGACCAUUAGGGUCCAAAACCAUUGCCAGAGAAAUUGUGAAGGUUUGCAAAUCUGACCUGCCGCCGGCACAAGAGGGGAGUG